CUGAAGAGGUCGUUUGUCUUGUCCCCUGGUCUGGGUGUCUGCUGUGCAGAAAGUGCCGGCAGCACCGGGAGAGAACAUUUCAGAUGAGGAUUCAGUGUCAGGCUCUAUGAAAUGUAAGCAAACAAGUCUUGGCUUGGAAUCCCUUUGAAAAAACAUCCACAUAACCACACUCACCCUUUUAAGUUGGAAGCCUUUUGUAAGGGGUGAACCAAGAGAGGUGGAUGUUUUAUUUGAUACAUUGUAACAUUCCCAGACUUUAUCUUGACUGUAUUUGGAUUUGCCCUUGGUUGUUAUCCUGACAUUAUAGAGGUUUCUUCUCAGGUUACUUUCACCCACAGUUUUAGUUAUGAUUUAUGAAACCAAAGAACCACACCAAAGACAGCAAGUGAUCCUGCCAGAGCUACUGCUGUUACCUUUAGCACCUCUGGCACAACUGGAGCAUUCAACAUCUACUGCAUACAAGGAUUCUUCUCAGAAAGCAAUGGCAUGUCCUACUCAAGCCAAGAUGUUUUUGAAAUCAAAUAUGCCACGCCAUAAACACAAACCAAUGUCUGUCUAAUGAUCUUACAAUUCUGGAUGGCACUCAGGAUUUUGGACAUGUAAGACCGAGCAUUUCACAUCACAUGCACAUAGACCUGAGAUUCAAUAAAAUAAAAGACUUACAGCCAGGCUCUUUCAGACGACUCAAGAACCUCAACACCCUCCUCUUAAACAACAAUCACAUCAGAAGAAUCCCUAGAGGAGCCUUUGAAGAUCUGGAAAACCUGAAAUAUCUCUAUUUGUACAAGAAUGAAAUCCAGUCAAUUGACAGGCAGGCAUUUAAGGGGCUUGUCUCUCUAGAGCAACUGUAUCUGCACUUCAACAACAUUGAGUCCUUAGAGCCUGAGUCCUUUGCUCAUCUGCCCAAGCUUGAACGCCUAUUUUUGCACAACAACAGAAUCACCCAGCUCGCGCCGGGAACCUUUUCCCAUCUGCAGUCCAUGAAGAGGCUGCGUCUGGACUCAAACACACUGAACUGUGACUGCGAGCUGCUGUGGCUGGCUGACCUGCUGAAGCAGUAUGCGGAGUCGGGGAACGCCCAGGCGGCCGCCACCUGUGACUAUCCCAGCAGACUGCAGGGCCGCUCCGUGGCCACACUGACCGCUGAGGAGCUCCACUGUGAGGUCCCCAGGAUCACGUCGGAGCCCAGGGACGUGGACGUGACCUCAGGGAACACGGUGUACUUCACCUGCCGCGCAGAGGGCAACCCCAAGCCCCAAAUCAUCUGGCUGAGGAACAACAAUGCACUGAAUAUGCGUGACGACGCACGCUUGAACCUGCUGGAGGACGGCACACUGAUGAUCCAGGACACGCGCGAGACUGACCAGGGCGUCUACCAGUGUAUGGCCAAGAAUGUGGCUGGAGAGGUCAAGACAUCAGAGGUCACCCUGCGCUACUAUGGCACACCAUCGCGGCCCAGCUUCGUAAUCCAGCCGCAGAACACAGAGGUGCUGGUGGGCGAGAGUGUGACCCUGGAGUGCAGCGCCACUGGCCAGCCCCACCCCCGUGUCUCCUGGACCCGCGGUGACCGCACGGCCUUGCCCACCGACGACCGCGUCAACAUCACCCCCUCUGGUGGCCUCUACAUCCAGAACGUCAACCAGGCCGACGGGGGCCAGUACACCUGUUUCGCCAGCAACGAGGUGGACACCAUCCACGCCACGGCCUUCAUCAUAGUGCAGGCUGUCCCCCAGUUCACUGUGACGCCACAGGACCAGACGGUUCUUGAGGGCCACACUGUGGACUUCCCUUGUGAGGCCAGUGGAUAUCCUCAGCCUGUCAUAGCCUGGACUCGUGGAGGAAGUCCGCUGCCAAAUGAUAGACGGCAUGUGGUACUCUCUACGGGCACCUUGCGUAUUGCCCGCGUGGCACCUCAUGACCAGGGUCAGUAUGAAUGCCAAGCCAUCAGUCCCGUGGGCACCGUCACCACAGGCGUCCAGCUCAACAUCCAGCAGAGAGUAACGCCUGUUUUCACAAAUGCUCCAAGGGAUGUGACAUUGGAGUCUGGCACGGAUGUCCAGAUUCCGUGCAGUGCUCAGGGAGAGCCCACGCCUGUCAUCACCUGGAACAAGGAUGGCGUCCAGAUAACAGAGAGUGGAAAAUUCCACAUUAACCCUGAUGGAUACCUGCAGGUCAAUGAUGUUGGGCCUGCAGAUGGGGGGCGCUAUGAGUGUGUCGCCCGAAACUCCAUCGGCUACUCCUCUGCCAGCAUGGUGCUAACUGUGGAGGUGCCCCAAGUCAGCCGAGAGGGGGAUCCAUUUGUGGACAGGUCCAUUGAGGAGGCCAUCCGUAGCGUCAACAGUGCCAUUGACUCGACCAGGAGACAUCUGUUUGACGGUUCGCCCCGGACCCCAGGUGAGCUGCUGGCCCUCUUCCGCUACCCAAGGGACCCCUACACGGUGGAGCAGGCGAGGGCAGGCGAGAUCUUUGAGCAGACUCUACUCCUCAUCCAGCGCCAUGUCAAUCAAGGGCUGACGGUCGACACAAACGGAACAGCCUUCCGUUAUAAUGACCUGGUGUCUCCACGCUUCUUGGAAAUGAUUGCCAACCUUUCCGGCUGCACAGCACACCGGCGAUUCAACAACUGCUCCGAUAUCUGCUUCCACCAGAAGUACCGCAGCCACGAUGGUACGUGCAACAACCUACAGCAUCCCAUGUGGGGCGCCUCUCUGACUGCCUUCGAGCGUCUCCUCAAGCCUGCCUAUGACAACGGCUUCAACCUCCCACGUGGCAUCACCGAGAGGCGGCACAACAACUACCCGCUGCCCUUGCCACGCCUGGUCUCCACCACCAUGAUCGGCACCGAGACCAUCACGCCAGAUGACCGCUACACGCACAUGCUGAUGCAGUGGGGCCAGUUCCUGGACCAUGACCUGGACUCGACGGUGGCGGCGCUCAGCCAGUCGCGCUUCUCCGACGGCCAGCUGUGCGCGCAGGCGUGCACCAACGACGCGCCCUGCUUCCCCAUCAUGUUCCCGCCCAACGACCCGCGGCAGCUGCGCAGCGGCGCGCGCUGCAUGUUCUUCGUGCGCUCCAGCCCCGUGUGCGGCAGCGGCAUGACCUCGCUGCUCAUGAACUCCGUGUACCCGCGCGAGCAGAUCAACCAGCUCACCUCCUACAUCGACGCCUCCAACGUCUACGGCAGCUCGGACCACGAGGCCGAGGAGAUCCGCGACUUGGCGAGCCACCGGGGACUACUGCGGCAGGGCAUCGUGCAGCGCUCGGGCAAGCCACUGCUGCCCUUCGCCACGGGGCCGCCCACCGAGUGCAUGCGCGACGAGAACGAGAGCCCCAUCCCCUGCUUUCUGGCCGGCGACCACCGGGCCAACGAGCAGCUGGGGCUGACCGCCAUGCACACGGUCUGGUUCCGCGAGCACAACCGCGUCGCCACGGAGCUCCUGCGGCUGAACCCACACUGGGACGGCGACACCAUCUACCACGAGGCGCGCAAGAUCGUGGGCGCCCAGAUGCAGCACAUCACCUACAACCACUGGCUGCCCAAGAUCCUGGGUGAAGUGGGCAUGAAGAUGAUGGGCGACUACCGUGCCUACAACCCCAACAUUAACUCGGGGAUCCUCAACGCCUUCGCCACGGCGGCCUUCCGCUUCGGCCACACGCUCAUCAACCCCAUCCUGUACCGUCUGGACGAGCACUUUCAGCCAAUCCCCCAGGGCCACAUCUCCCUGCACAAAGCCUUCUUCUCACCUUUCCGCAUAGUCAACGAGGGGGGCAUCGAUCCCCUGCUCCGGGGCCUGUUUGGAGUCGCAGGCAAGAUGCGUGUGACCACCCAGCUGCUGAACACAGAGCUGACCGAGAGGCUUUUCUCCAUGGCUCACGCGGUGGCACUGGAUCUGGCUGCCAUGAACAUUCAGAGAGGUCGCGAUCACGGAAUCCCCCCCUAUAACGACUACCGGGUCUUCUGCAACCUCACCUCUGCACAAACUUUCGAGGACCUCAGGAACGAGAUCAGAAACCCAAACGUGCGGGAGAAACUGCAAAGACUCUACGGCACUCCCCUCAACAUUGACCUGUUUCCUGCUCUGAUGGCCGAGGACCUGGUCCCUGGAAGCAGACUGGGCCCCACCCUCAUGUGUUUGCUAGCCGCCCAGUUUAAACGCCUUAGAGAUGGAGACCGGUUCUGGUAUGAGAACCCAGGAGUCUUCACGCCAGCACAGCUCACACAGCUGCGGCAAGCCUCCCUCACCCGGGUGCUGUGUGACAAUGCCGAUAACAUCACCCACAUCCAGCCAGACGUCUUCACUGUGGCCGAGUUCCCCCACGGCUACGGCAGCUGUGAUGACGUGCCCAAGAUGGACCUGCGUAUGUGGCAGGACUGCUGUGAAGACUGCAGGACCAAGGGUCAGUUCAAUGCUCUGUCUUUCCACUUCCGUGGUCGGAGGUCACUAAAACACAGCUUUGCAGAGGACAAACCUGUUUCAGAUAGUCCCAAGGACACCAGCCCCAAUGAAAGCAUCGCACAGGAAGCCCCCUCUGUGCCUGUGAACGUCUCCCUCCCCAUUAAAGCCAGCACUGAACCCUCACUGAACGAGUUCCAAGACUUUGUCUUGGAUAUGCAGAAGACCAUCACAAGUUUGCGAAAACAGAUUAAAAGACUUGAAGCGCGCCUGAGUAAGACAGACUGCACUGAUUCGGAGGGCAUGGAGCGGCGAGAUGGAGCGCGCUGGAAGAGGGACCCCUGCACCACAUGCGAAUGCAAAGAUGCCCAGGUGACGUGUUUUGUGGAGAGGUGCCCCCCAGUGGACUGCCAGAAGCCUGUGACACUGAAAGGAGCCUGCUGCCCCGUGUGCCUGAACCAGCCCUCGAGCAGUGGUGGCGAGCGCCACACAUAACCUCAGGACCCCCGCGCCCCACACGCAUCCCAGCGGAGAGAAAAAAGACAUGGACUAAGAGUCUUGGCAGGACGCGGUGACCAUCAGCAUCCAGUUGCCUAGUUUUUGUUUUGUUUUUGUUUUAUUUUUUAACUUCAGAUGUUUUUUUUUAUGUCGGAUAUUAACUUUUAUUGUCAGUACCCCCAACCCCCCAAGGCCAAUUGCCUUACUUGGGUAUGGUCAAGUCCACUGGCUUUCUGAAGUGCCGUCAUGGCAGAGACCUCUGCCUUGUCUAGGAUGGAUGUGGGACUCCACCCUUCCUCCCUCUUGGCCUUAAAAAGUAAACAGGGACCCCAAGGGCCUGUGGGCGUGACCCAGAGCACUGACCCCACCCACCAGGCCAGCGCACGAGGAAGGCAGCGCACCAGGGGUGUGUACGGAAAGGGAAGUAGAUCGACCACCGUCGGCCAUGUCGUCUCUUAAAACGCGUUCUCAGGUCAGAGAUGCCGAACAAACUGGUGCUAUUGUUUUUUUCUCCUCCUUCACAAUCACCCUUUUUCUUGAAAUGAUUUAGUUAUUUGCAUCAGUCUGAAAAAUAUUGUUGUUUUUGUUUUUGUUUUUCUACAGUAUGCAAAUCAUCAUAUACACUCUCAUUAUGUGCCUUUUACGUAAUGUUUAUGGUGCUUCAUAUCUUAUAAUGAACAUACAAAUAUAUAUAUAAAUUUAUACAUAUAAAUGUAUUUCCCCUACGUAUCAUCUGCUUCCAUAUGAAGAUAAUGUGAAUACCUGUUUUAAAAAAAAUGUAAUGCAAAAAAAGUCUACUGAUUACCGAAUGUGCAUAAUUUCCCAACUGAUGGUUAACUAACAUCUGGUGUUUCUUUCUCUCCCUCUCACACACAUACUCUUUUUUCUCCCCAAAAACUCACAUAAACAGAUUCUUUUUUUUUUCUGAACUUGGAGAGGGGGGUUGGUAGAUCAUGUUGGAGGAGUUGUUGUAUGUCCCCUGUGAGUUGACUUACUAUUUAACUUCCAACUUAUUUUUUGCUAUCCUCUGCUUGCAAGAUGUGGCUUGUGCUCCAGGUAUUUUCUAUGGGUCAUGCAUACUAGAGAACAGAUGGGCAGACACCCUGACUUAACUACAAAGUUAAAAAGUUUUUGCCUUUUUUUGUUCGUUUUUGUUUUGUUUUUAUGCUUACUUUUCUCCCUAGCGAUUCCCCUAGGCUGUCUCACCCUUAUCUACCAAUGCAGUAUUUUAAGUGUUCAGUAUUUUCCACUUGGUCAAAAAAUGGCUGCUCUCUGCACACAAACACACUGACACCCAAUGUUGAAGGACCCAACUGUUCGGUACCUCACCUGACCACAUCACAAGUCUGACCUCUCCACUUCUCAGGUUCCCCUCUGUUUCCCCGCUGUGAGUCAAACAAGAGACACACAUUGACACCUCAUGAGUAAAGUCCCCUCAAAUCCCUCAUCAAAAGCUGGGCUACUUUGUUGUGGUUUCCAUGAUCAUAUGUCCACACCCUGCCUCUGUUACCACCCCAACCCCCAACUGUAAACCACCACCAUCACUCUCACCAACACCACCCCAACGAUUUUUGUCUUCAGCCACUUUGUGACUGCAGAGGCAGAUUAUGCAGGGUGUGGUGGGUUUUAAAAAGGGUUUUAUUAGGACUUAAUCACCCUCCAUCUCCUUCUCGCUACCUCUGUCCAGCUGUCUCUCUCUCUCUCUCUCUCUUCUCUCUUAUGUGCUUCUUUCCCCAGCGGUCACACUCGUACAGUCACUGGCCACUCGUCCGAAACGUGGAGACGCCUGGCUCUCGUCUGCAGCCUUAGCGCGGGAUGUGCAAGAGCUGACGUAACUCUGCUGAGUGCCGUGCUCACUCUGUACCUCCUUGAC